UUUGUUUUGGGAUUUUUAGGUUGUUGGGUUUUUUUGUUUUUUUUUUUUUGUUUUAUGUCAUGACCGGAGCGGAGUGUCACCCUAUGGACUGAGCGGCAAGCGGCCACAAAAUUUCCCCGAGCUUGUCCACCAUGUCCAUGCUGCCGACUUUCGGCUUCACGCAGGAGCAAGUGGCGUGCGUGUGCGAGGUUCUGCAGCAGGGCGGCAACAUCGAGCGCCUGGGCCGCUUCCUGUGGUCGCUGCCGGCCUGCGAGCACCUCCACAAGAACGAGAGCGUGCUCAAAGCCAAGGCGGUGGUGGCCUUCCACCGCGGCAACUUCCGCGAGCUCUACAAGAUCCUGGAGAGCCACCAGUUCUCGGCGCACAACCACCCCAAGCUGCAGCAGCUGUGGCUCAAGGCGCACUACAUCGAGGCGGAGAAGCUGCGCGGGCGGCCGCUGGGCGCCGUGGGCAAGUACCGCGUGCGUCGGAAGUUCCCCCUGCCGCGCUCCAUCUGGGACGGCGAGGAGACCAGCUACUGCUUCAAGGAGAAGAGCCGCAGCGUGCUGCGCGAGUGGUACACGCACAACCCCUACCCGUCCCCGCGCGAGAAGCGGGAGCUGGCCGAGGCCACGGGACUCACCACCACGCAGGUCAGCAACUGGUUCAAGAACCGGCGGCAGCGGGACCGCGCGGCCGAGGCCAAGGAGAGGGAGAACAACGAGAACUCCAACAACAAUAACAACAACAACAAUCCGCUGACGUCCUCCAUGAACGGAACUAAAACUCUUUUGGGGAGCUCGGACGACGACAAAACGCCCGCGGGCACGCCGGACCACCACACGUCCCCGAGCCCGGCGCUGCUGCUGCACGGGUCGUCCGCGGGCGGCUCCGCGGGUGGCGGCGGCCAGCUGCAGGCCCCCUUGCACGGCCUGGCGCCCCCGGCCGGCCCCAGCGCAAUCCCGGUGCCCGGCGGCGGCGACUCUGUGCACCAUCACCACCACCACCUCCACCACCACCACCAUCACGCCAUGCACCACGACACCAUACUGAACCCUAUGUCGUCCAACUUAGUGGACCUGGGCUCCUAGAACUACGACAACAACAACUUUGCGGAGGACAUUUUUUUUUCACUUGUUCCCCCUUUUUUUGUAAUAGAAAGAGUGCAGAAAUGUGCCAGUGGGAUUUUUUUUUUUUUUUUUUGUGGAAAGAAAGCACUU